CGGAGAUCCCAAAACCGUAGCCUCAGACGAAGCUUCGCAUAUCUCUCCUUUGUUGACUUCACCGAAAAGUAAACUCGAAAACCCUCCGCUUAAUCUCCGAUUUCCCGAUUCUUCUUAAAUCUUAUCUCCUCUUUCAACCAUCAUCGCACCUUCCUCUGUCACAGAUCAUCAUCUCUCCGAUCGGACUCUGUUCCCGGAAGAUGCCAAGAUGCUCCUUUCUCCGCCAUCUAUUCUUCUUUCUAUUGCUUCUGUCUCCAUGGACGUCUUAUUGCGGCGGCGCCGCCGCUGAGUCGUCCAAUCAGAUUUCGCUAUACGGAAAACCGGCUGGGAGAUCGCUCUUGUUCUCUCCUGAACGUACAGAGCCAAACACGGAGCUUGUUGUUGAUCGUUCUGGGAAAGUGUCCUUGAUACUGAAGCAUUCAGAGAAACCAAUAUGGUCUUUUUCGUCAGGAUCACCGAUUCAUUCGUCAUAUCAAGCUCCUCUAAGUGCUGUGAACAACACAGAAAAUGCUACCGAGAUAAGUAAAGCUUUCAUAGUCGAAUAUGUGGAUAACUCAGAGGCUACUACGGUUGAUGAUCGCUACACCAGACGGACUAUGGAGGACUUGCUUAAGAUGACGCCCCUUGUAACUGAUGAUGGUGUUACUCUUGGGUCAAAAACAUCUAUGGCAUAUUUGCUUGAUGGUAUGUCCGGGAGGCUAAUCCAUGUUUAUGAAUCGACCCUUUCUUCCGGAGAUAGUAGCAAAAUCAAUGCUAUGGUGAAGCCCACUAGCACAGAUGAUUUCGUGAAGCUACCACUUCUUAUCACACGAACAGAUUCCAAACUAGAGCAUUUUGAUAAGAUCACUCGAAAGCUUGUGUGGAAUGUGACAGUUUCUGACUUCAGAGCUGAUUUAAUAUGCAAUAAAGUUUUCAAUGCAGACAGUAUGCGCGGUCCUGAAAUUCUCACUGGGAUUUAUAUGCCAUUUCAGUGUGGAUCAAAUGGUACAGUCCGUGCUCAUAUUAAAUCAGAAUUUUUCAUUAGGGUGCCUCGUGAUCAUUAUGAAGCGAAAGAGCUACCCUCUAGGAAGUUAUGGGAACAAGAUGGGCAAAACUAUACAGACGUGUUUGGUAAAUCUUUCGGAUGGUCGCCACUAAGAUUAUUGGUACCUUUGUUCUUUCUUGGUGCUAUUGUUACCGUUUUCAUAAAAAUGUUUUCAUCAAGGGGCAGUGAUUUCAAUUCAAAAUCUGGACCUUCCAAAAAGAAAAGGAACCGUAAAUCGGGGAAAGAUGGUAUUACAAAUGGGCAGAGAGAUAGCCAGUCAGAAUUCGAGCUCAUUGAAGGAGGUCAGAUGUUAUUAGGCUUCAAUAACCUUCUAAAUGGUGCAGCUGAUGGGCGAAAGAUUGGUAAGUUAUUUGUGUCGAAUAAAGAAAUUGCAAAGGGAAGCAACGGGACCGUUGUGUUUGAGGGUGUUUAUGAAGGCCGGGCCGUAGCUGUAAAACGCCUUGUUCGGUCCCAUCAUGAAGUUGCUUUCAAGGAGAUUCAGAACCUCAUUGCAUCUGACCAACACUCGAACAUAAUUCGGUGGUAUGGUGUCGAGUAUGACCGGGAUUUUGUAUACCUUUCUCUGGAGCGUUGCACAUGCAGUUUAGAUGAUCUGAUCAAGACCUAUUUAGAGUUCUCAAUGAAAAAAGUAUUGGAAAACAAUGAAUCUACGGAAGCAGUAAGUACAUAUAAGAUUUCACUGGAUUCUUUGGAAGGAAUUGUCAAAGGAAACAACUUGUGGAAAGUGGGGGGCCAUCCGUCACCUGUCAUGCUGAAACUAAUGAGAGAUGUAGUGUAUGGACUUGCCCACUUGCAUAAUUUGGGAAUAGUUCAUCGAGACUUGAAACCACAAAAUGUAUUAAUAACGAGAGGGAUGACUUUGAGUGCAAAGCUUUCUGAUAUGGGCAUUAGCAAGCGUCUAUCUGGGGAUAUGUCAUCCUUGGGUCAUCUUGCCACAGGUUGUGGUAGUUCUGGUUGGCAAGCACCGGAACAGCUUCUUCAGGGUCAUCAAACUCGUGCAGUAGACAUGUUUAGUCUAGGAUGUGUACUAUUUUACACCAUAACUGGUUGUAAGCAUCCAUUUGGAGAUGAUCUUGAACGUGAUGUUAAUAUUGUGAAGAACAAAGUCGACUUAUUUCCGGUAGAGCAUGUUCCUGAAGCCUCGGAUCUCAUCUCUCGUUUGUUGAACCCAAACCCUGGUUUACGUCCUAGUGCAACCGAAGUGCUGGUCCAUCCAAUGUUCUGGAACUCAGAGAUGAGACUGUCUUUUCUUCGUGAUGCUAGUGAUCGAGUAGAGCUUGAAAAUAGAGAGGCUGAUUCUCAAAUCUUGAAAGCAAUGGAGAGUAUAGCUCCAGUGGCUAUAGGAGGGAAGUGGGAUGAAAAGAUAGAACCUAUCUUCAUUACAAACAUCGGGCGAUACAGACGUUACAAAUAUGACAGUAUUCGCGAUUUGUUACGUGUGAUCAGAAACAAACUGAAUCAUUACCGAGAACUUCCUCCAGAGAUCCAGGAACUUGUGGGAACGGUUCCAGAAGGAUUCGAUGAGUACUUUGCUGUUCGGUUUCCAAAGUUGCUGAUUGAAGUCUACAGAGUCAUCUCUCUGCACUGCAAGGAAGAAGAAGUAUUCAGAAAAUACUUCGAAUGCAACAGCAUCUAAAUAACCAUCUCGCUUCAUGUUAGUUAUUGUAAUCCAUGUUUGUUAUUAUUAUUGUACAUUACAUAACUUAAUUGCUAUCUAAACUAAUUGCGACAUGUGUGACUAGUGUAUGUAUAUAUCUUUUCAUGUAAGAUUUAUGUUUCAAAUA